UACGGCAUUCUCAAAGAUGUACCAUCUACGAUUUCUUAGAAUGCAUUGUGACGAUAGAUUUUGCAAUGGAGAAAUAUUCUACGAGAAAGUAGGAUGGGGUCCAUACAAUAGAGAAGUGCGCCAACAAAUAUAUCUUCCUUACGAAGGUUUAGAGUUUCCUUCUGAUGAACUGAGAUAUCUUCAGUGGGAUUUAUACCCUUUAAAAGAUUUUCUAUCAAAUUUUAGUCCAGAAAAUCUUGUUGAACUUGUCAUGCGUGAUAGCCAACUUGUGGAGCUACAUUGGGAUGAAAAUCAGCCCGUUGAGAAGUUGAAGAAGAUGGAUCUUAGAUAUUCUGAGCACCUUAUUCAAAUACCAAACUUGUGUGGGGCUAUAAAUCUUGAAAGUAUAAAUCUUCAAUGGUGUAUAAGUUUGGUUCAGAUUCCUUCAUGCUUUAAGAAUCUGGGCAAGCUUGAGCUACUAGUUUUGAGUGAUUGUGAGAAUCUGAAAGAUGGCAUGGAAAAUCUUCCAUUGAAUAUAAGGGAGUUGAGAUUGUGUAGGACAGCAAUAGAAGUAUUGCCUUCAUCAGUUAGGUUUCUUUUGGGUCUAUUAGAUUUGGAUAUGAGUGGAUGCAAUAAACUGAAAUAUGGGAUAGAAAAUCUUCCAUCGAAUUUAAAGGAGUUAAGACUCUGCGGGACAGCAAUACAAGUAGUGCCAUCAUCAAUUGGGUGUCUCAUGCGUCUCUCACAUUUAGAUUUGUAUAAUUGCGAAAGACUUGAAAGUCUACCGGAAAGCAUUUGGAAGUUGGAAUCACUGGAAUGGCUGGAUCUUUCUAAUUGCCCAAAUCUGAUCGAGCUAGAGGAGUGUACAAGUUCAUCUCUUCGAUAUUUGAAAAUAAGUGGUUGUACGGGAUUGAGAUCAAUAAUUGCGCUUCCACCAUCUUUAAAUUGUUUGGAUGCAAAUAAUUGCACAUCGCUGGAGAAAAUAUCAAGUUGGUGGACCCCAACCGUACAAGAUUAUGACCCCCAAGUUCAACAUCAAAAUAAUAAAAGUGGAGGGGAAAUUUAUAAUUUUGAGCAAUGUCUAAAAUUGGAUGAAGACACAUGUAUCAACGUUAUUGCUGAUUGUGCAUGCCGUAGAAUUUUGUCUGCUCACGAUGAUAUUUCAUAUCUGGAAAUGGUGUACCCAGGAAAUGUAAUCCCACAGUGGUUCAGCCAUCGAGCUCGUGGGGAAUCAUUUAUCCAGCUUUCUCGAAAUUGGCUUAAUACUGAUGAUUCCCGCUUCAAAUUUGUCUUUGGCGCUGUUUUUGCGUUUAAAAUUUCUGGGCCAGAAACGAAAAUCCGAUUCAGAUUCAAUUUCAUGACCAGCAUGGACAGUAGUGUCGGCGGUUCUUUCAAUUAUGAAGAUGUUUGCACGCUUCAAGUAAAUAACAGCUCAGAUCAUGUCUUAAUUAGGUAUGCGACUAUCGAUUUGAGGCAUGUAUUUGGGGUAUACUGGUCCUCUGUUUGUCGAAUGGUCACCGGGGCUUCUUUCCGUGUGUUUAUGGAGGAAGAAAAAAAAGGCAAUUGGAUGAUCAAAAGUUGUGGGCUCCAGGUUAUAAACUUCACUGCUUCACGGGAUUUGCUGUUAUGGGACUUGUCCACUUCACCAUCAUCAUCUUCUACUCGUCAAAAAAAGUAUGACGUGUUUCUCAGUUUCGGAGGUGACGACACCCUUAACAAUUUUAUUGGACAUGUUUAUCAUGCUAUGUGUCAUAAGCAUAUCCGGAUCUUCAAACAUGACGAAACCCUAGAAAGUGGCCAUGAGAUUUCAAAAAUUAUGGACGCCAUUGAGGAAUCUGAGAUUUGCAUGAUAGUUUUCUCCAAAGACUUUGCUUCUUCGACAUGGUGUUUGGAUGACGUGGUUCGCAUACUUGAUUGCAAGAGACACUGGAAAGAUAUCAUAAUACCCAUUUUUUAUGGCAUAGAACCAUCCAUUGUAUGCAAACAGGAUGGAAGUUAUGCGGAAGCAUUUAAUAAACAUGAGCAAGGUUUCAAGGACAAUAUGGACAAGGUGCAGCGAUGGAGGGAUGCUCUCAAGGAAGUGACCAAUCUCAGCGGAUAUGAUUCAAAGGAUUUUGGGGACGAAUACAAGUUAAUUGGUCAAAUUGUUGGAGAUGUCUUGAUGAAAUUGUUUACAAGUUUAUCAACGUAUUAUUCCCCCCUGGGCUUUGACAGAAUUGAAUUUCGUAUACAAAAAAUUGAACGAUUAUUAGGUGGCUCAAUGGGUGUUCGUCCUAUUGGUCUUUAUGGUAUUGGAAGGACAACCCUUGCUAUGACUGUAUUUCAAAGGUUAGGCCAUUAUUUUGAAAGGCGUUGCUUUCUUUGCAAUGUCAGAGAAGAAUUUAAUUUGAGAGAGAGACUUGUUUUUGAAUUGUUAAACGAAAAACACAAUCCAAGCAUGGAAUGGCCAAGUAUUCAAGACAGACUCCGACGUACAAAGGUCCUUAUUGUCUUGGAUGAUUUGGAUGAUGCGACAUACCAAUUUGGCAACUUAUUAUCUAUGUGCAAGUUUGGUAAUGGAAGUAGAAUUAUUGUAACGUCUAGUGAUGUGCAGGUGCUUAAGAUGGUGACUGGUCAAGUUUAUGAGGUUUGAGAGUUUAAAUGAUUUUGAAGCUCUUGAACUCUUCCACUUGCAUGCUUUUAGGCAAAAUUCUGAUAUUGCAAGAGAUUAUGCUACAUUAUCAUAAAAAAUUAGCAAAUUACACCGAUGGUAAUCCAUUAGCCCUUAAAGUCGGGUUCUUCUCUUAGAUCCAAGAGCAUAAAAGAUUGGGAAAGUGCAUUGGAGGAGCUGCAAAGUGAACCAAACAAGGGAACAAGACAAAAAAGGCUACACAAACACCAAGAUGCAAUGCUAUUUUUCAUGGUGAAGUUGAGAGAGAAUUUGUUGAAAGCAUAAUAGGUCGAGGUGGUGCUUCCAAAAAAAUAAGUGAUCUUAUUGAUAAGUGCUUAAUAAUUGAAGGUCAAAAUGGACUGUCCAUGCAUUCUUUAAUACGGCAGAUGGGUCAGGCUAUUGUUUGUGAUGAAAGCAAAGAACACCAGGAAAUCGUACUAGGCUGUGGAAGGCUAAGGAAACUAUGACAAAGGAUUUGGUUGGAAAAGCAUACUGUUAAGGAAACUAGGAUUGUCUAGGCCGAACAAAAAGGAAUCACGCAAAAUUCUAUAUCUUCCUCCUGAAGGUCUUGAAUCAUUUGAUUCUAAUGAGCUAAGAUAUUUUUAGUGGGAUUCAUACCUUUUUAAAGAUUUUCCAUCAGAUUCCAGGGUAGAGAAUGUUGUUGAACUUGUAAUGCCUGAGAGCCAACUAACGGAGCUAAAAGGGGAUGAGGACCAGGUCCCUCUGAAGUUAAAGAAGUUGGAUCUUAAAUAUUCUGAGCACCUUAUUCAAUUACCAAACAUGGGUGGGGGCUAUAAAUCUUGAAGAUUGCAAAAGUUUGGUUGAAAUUCCUUCAUUUUUUAGGGGUCUCCACAAGCUUAAGUAUCUAAAUCUGAGUGAUUGCGACAAGCUGGAAGAUGGCAUAGAAAACCUUCCAUUGAGUAUAAGGGAUUUAAAAUUGCAUUGGACAGCAAUUACAAGUCUACCGGAAAGCAUUUGGAAGAUGAAAUAUCUCAAGGAGCUGGAUCUUUCUCAUUGCCAAAAGCUGGAAAAGCUUCCAGAAAUCCCGGAGGAUUGUACAAGUUCAUCUCUUGGAUAUUUGAAUAUAACUGGUUGUGCGCGUUUGAAAACAAUACCAGAGCUUCCACCAUGUUUAUCUCAUAUUGAUGCAGGGUGUUGUACCUCACUGGAGACAAUAUCACGUUGGACUUGGAGGACUCCAACUGCAAAAGAAGAAAAACAUUACGUUUAUAAUUUUAGCCUUUGUCUAAAAUUGGAUAGCAAUUCAGGCAACGAUGAAAUUGCUGAUCACAGGGGAACUUUGGUUGCUCAAGAUGUAGAUGUAAAAGGAUAUUUCAUAUAUUGAAACGGUGUAUCCAGGAGAUGAGAUUCCAGAGUGGUUCAGCCAUAAAAUAGAUCGUGGGAACUCAAUCGAUAUCCAGCUUCCUCUCCCGCUUUGAUUUUAUCUUUUACAUUGUUUUUGUGUAUAGUUGUUCUACAAAUGCUGAGACCCGAUUUGAAUUAAAUUUCAAAACCAACUACAUUAACAGUGAUGAUGACCGUGUUUAUAAAUAUGAUGGUGGUUGGUUGCCUCAUAUUGGAAGUAAAGAUGAAGAUCACGUCUUAAUUAGGUGCAACGGGUUGGUUUGGAACGUGCAUUUGGGGCAAAGUGGUCCUCUAUUUGUAGCAACUUCACCUAAGUUUCUAUCUGUGUGUUUAUCGAUGAAGAAGAUGUUAAAUGGGAGAUCAAAAAGUGUUGGUUUAAAUUGUUAAAUGGGCGGGGUGGAAGUAAAAGACGGUUGGAUGAUGAUCCUAACAUCAAACUCCAAGAAGAUAAAUUAAUUGAAAGUAAAUGAAAAUCAUACAUUCUAUUGGUAUA